GAAGCCUCCAAGCAUAGCACAUGACAAACGCACUGGUUUCGGCGCUCAUGGCUGCACAGGCUGCUGGCCAACUUAUUGGUUUUGUGUCUAAUGACAUACAUCCCUCAUAUACAACAUCUUGUCGGCGGGUGCACGUUCUAUCCUGCUUUCCACGUGUGCUUGGCGUAAUACGCCAGAAGCUAUGUGAUAACUAUACAUCUUCCUAAUGACGCGGAACUUGCCAGUAUUAGGUCUGAUUCGUAAUGGCCUCGUGUUUGUCUGGACAAGUAUAAUACCCCACUCGCCCCACCUGCUAUUUUGUGUCCGAAUCGUUGUCUCUUGUCUUGCCUGUAGAGUUCUCAUCUCCACAUUGCAUUCACAGUAUCGCAAUCCACUGAGGUCACAUCAUCUAUACACCCCGCUCGCCACGUUGUGUCCGAAUCACUACCUCUUGUCUUCCCUUGUAGAGCUCUCAUCACCUGGACGUUGCAUUCAUAGUACUGCAAUCCAUAACGGUCACAUCGGACGUACACAGAGAACGUUGCUACAUAGCCCUUCUCCCCGCCAAGUUCCCCCCCUUUUGUUGGCACUGCAUGUCUUUUUUCCUAUUCAUGGUAGUAGCUGUUAUGGCCCUUGUUUCUGGGGCAGAAAGAGCUAGGUGCGUUGCAGAUGAAGAGGCGGCAAGAGCCA